CUGUUCCACAGGUGUUACAGCGCUGCUGCUUCUUCUUUUUCCAGGUGCACCUGCUGCGUAACAGAACCAUGAGCGACGAGCUGAUAACCUGCGAUUUAUCGCCUUUGACUUUAGCCGGUGAGCCAAAGGACACUCCAAAGGUCCAGAAAAUCACCGACAUGGAUUGUAAGCAGCACAUUUUCUCGAUUAUGGGAGGCAGCGUGACGCCGGUCACGGGGGUCACCUGCGCGCUCGAGGCGACCGCCGCCUCCGAGACGGAGUCGGGGAUAUUUUCAGCUGAGUGCGAACUCUGCGUGGAGCACGAAUCUGAACUGGACUGGUUCUGUGUUAGCGAGCAGAAACUCAUCUGUUCGGACUGCGCUGUCGUGGGUUCUUGCCACGGCCACACCGUGACUCCCGUGGCCACCAGAGUCACCGCACUCAGGAAUCAGCUGGUGGAUUCGUGUGAGAAAAUACAGCUGCAGGCGAUGAGGAUCGAACGCUUUAUUAACCAGACGUUGACGGCCAAAGAGCAAAACCUGCAGGCAACAGCGAGCAAAGCGAGGGAGCAGGUGCUGGCUCAGGUCAGCGCGGCGCGUGAAGCACUGGAGGAGGAAGAGCAGCGGCUGCUGGAAGAGGUGCAGACGGAAGAGGAGCGCGUGGAGCAGUGUCUCCUCACUCAGAGGGCCCACUGGAGCCAGGCCUUGGAGAGUCUGUCACAAAUCCGCUCCCAACUCGUGCACACCCUGACAAACAUGCCAGACACACAGCUGGUGACUUGUUUCCAGGAGAUAGCUGAAAGGAUGGAGGAGACGGAGGGGGUUGGCGAGCCUCGUGACACAGACCAGCUCAACCUGAAUCCAGCCUGCAGUGACAGCAAGCUGCUCCGAGGCCUCUGGGGAGCUGCAGUGCUUCUCGGCCCAAACGCUUAUGGUUCACCUCAUCUAAAGUUUGACGAGCAUACAGUAAGUCCUCUCUUGUCCCUCUCUGAAGACCUCUGCUCUGUCACCUUCCUACACAAAAAACCCCGCCAGAACCCUCCAUAUGACCCGGCGAGGUUCGACUGUUUACCCAACGUGCUUGGCUCGCUCUCUAUGUCCUCUGGCACGCACAGCUGGGUUUUGGAUGUAGGCCAAAGCGGCGCCUUCAAGGUCGGGGUGUGCUACGCCAGUCUGGAGCGUAAAGGUUCCGGCAACGAGGUGCGUCUUGGCUACAACAAUCAGUCGUGGGUGCUGUCCCACUAUGAUGGGGACUACUCCUUCUGUCAUGCAGAGAAGAAGGUGCCCGUGAAGGUCGUGAGGAGGCCCAAGAGGAUUGGCCUGCUGCUGGACUGGCCGAGCCAGACUUUAAUGUUUUAUGAGCCAGACUCCUGCGCCGUGCUGUACUCUGUCACACAUCAUUUCAGUGCCCCGCUCCUGCCGGCGUGCGCCGUGGCGGACCGUAGUGUCACCAUUCUGCACUAACAGGGUGCACAUCCCAUCAAAACUCUAAACACUGUUUCAAACCAGAGGAGGGAAAAAAAAACACAGUCAGAACUUACAAACCAAUAAGAACUCCAGUUUGGACCAGAAAUGUGUUUUUAUUAUUUAUUGUUUGCAGUUUACUCUUUACAUUGUUUUUUUAUGAUGUAUUACAUUUCUGUAGCUGUUGGUCUUAUUUUGUGGUUGUAUGAAAAAUGUUUGAUAGAUUGUUUUGUGUUUUUGUAUGAAGUUUGUUUUUAAAGUGAAUAUUUUAUCUUUGUAAUGACGCUCUUGACCUUUGGGAAAAAUAACUACACUGGUUGAACCAGCACUGUUUUACACCUGUAGGAAAACAACUACAAAAAAUGGACUUUGAAAUACCUGUGAAGUAGUUUUGUAUGAAUAUGUGAUACAUGCUUACUUACUUUGAUUAAUUAGUACAGUUCAUCUUAUUUUAAUGUGACUGUUCAUUAGAACUAUCUGUGCAUAUAUAUCAAGAAUAUCGUGGUGAUUUCUAUUCACCAUUUCACAAGUAUAGGUAACGCAAAAAAAAAGAUGGACAACAUUACAAAGGAUUAAUAAAAGAAUAAAAAAC